AUGCCAUCGCCGCAGUCGCAACCGCAGUCGAAGCCGCUGCACAAGCUGCUCUGCGUGUGCCACAUUGUCAGCUACUUCAAUGGCCAGAAGUGGGUCUGCCAUCUGCUGUGCCUCUUCAACCUGCGCUACGACGAGGCCCAGCAGAGCUUCGCCUUUGGCCAGCAGGUGCUCGUUUGCCUGGCCUACACCUGGUGUGUGUGGAGCGGUCUUGGCUUCGUGGUCCUGCUGCCUUACGCGCCGUGCUGGACCAUCGACAGAUACACGGUCGGGGCGUACGGCCUGCCCACCAUCUACUGCCUGGCGCGGCGGCGGUACUUGCUGCGGAUCCUCAACGAAAUGGUGCGCGUCCAUCGGCGGCUGCAGCGGGCCAUGGGCCCCCUGUUCUGUGUGGACGUGAAGAGGGCCUUCUGCUGGGCCCUGCUGGUAGCCCUGGAGCUCGUGGCCACCCUAUACUGGGAGGUGGCCUCGCAGGAGGCCUGGCAGAUCUUUUUCCAGCUGGGUUUCGUGCUCUGCUGGUAUCUGCAGAUCCUGUUGCAUGUCAACAGCUACGUCUGGCUGCAGGCCAUCUAUGUGGUGAUGAAUCAGGCCUUUGAGGCGCCUCUAAGCCCCAGCCAGCGCUGGAUCAUGAUGGGAAGACUGCUGCGAAUCCAGCCUCGCCUGCGGAGGAUACAACGGAGCGUGGCCGACUGCUUCAGUGUGCACGUCCUGUCGGCUAUGGUCCUCGUUUCGUUUAAGUUCUUUGUGAGUUUCACGACAGACCUAGAGGCGCCCCCGGAGGGGUCUGUGGGGCUGCGCUUCGAGGUCCUGCAUCUACGUUACUUAGCAAAUCGCUGCCUGCUGAUCGGCAGCCUUUUUUUGGUGAUCAAUGAUUUCCAAAACGAAAGAAAUCGCUUCCUGACGAGCCUCUGGGAUAUGCCGCAGCAGAUCUGCAGCCUCUACAGAAUGCAUAAAAGGACGCUGGCUGUGGUCGAUCUGAUGAUUCUAUCCGGAAAUCGACCCAGCGACCUGCGUCCCACGAGUGCGAUUCUGUGGGAAAUCCGAAUCGAAUCGAAGGUCAAAUGCGCUGCCACGAUGAAAUCUUUCGUCAAAUAUCUUCUAAUGCUGCUGCCGCUGGUGUCCCUCGUGCCCCUUGUGGCCGUUUCGAACGGCUUCGAUCUGAAAUGGGAGCGGUAUGUCCUGCAAAACGAUACCCUGGCCAGCUGGCAAGGACUGACGAAAUAUCCCUGA